GGAGAUUUGUUGCGCCUGCGACUAUAAAGCCGGCGAAGAUGAGUAGCGUAGCCCCAUUCUUUUCGAUAGAAAUCAUCUCCUGAAAUUCAUAAGUGUGUGCAAUCUCUGGAAGACUCUCAUAAAGAUGUUGAACAUGGAUUUCUUAAACACUUAUACAAAACCCGUUUAUUUGCAUUUUAAUCCCUGCGGCAAAGCUCUGUUUUUCGACGGUAGAAUUGAACGUUGAAAUCAAGCGAAGGAGACGCAACUUCAUUGCUAAACCUUCUCCGAACGCCGGAAACAAAAACGCCAUAUUCUCAAAGACGAUCGCGGGGAGAAAGGAGGAAAAGAUAUUUUCUCUUCAAUUUUCCUCGCAUUUGCCAAGUGGACCUACCUACGAGGAUGCCGAUUGGAGUGGGUGAACGACGAGGGGGAGUUUAUUUUUUCCGGGGUCUGGAUCGAGCUCAGGCAUAUGCAGUGGGAAGUUCAGACUCAGGUGGAUUGUGGCAUUCAAGGUUGGGUCACCCGUCAAUAAAAGUACUCCGUUUGCUUGGUCAUUUAAAUAAUUCGUUGUUGCGUUCUGUUGAAAAUAAAGUUUGUGAUGCUUGUAUAAGAGGCAAGCAAACACGUGAUAGUUUUGUUGUUAGUAAUGCUAGAGCUAUUGAACCAUUCGAGUUAAUACAUUGUGAUAUUUGGGGGCCCUAUCGUGUUAUGUCUACUUGUGGUGCUCGAUAUUUUUUUACUGUGGUGGAUGAUUUUUCUAGAGCUGUUUGGGUGCACUUGAUGCAAGACAAAAGUGAAGUAAAAAAUAUUCUUAAACAAUUCAUAGUCAUGACCAAGGGACAAUUUGAUAAAAAUGUGAAGGUUGUGAGAAGCGAUAAUGGAAAAGAAUUUGUUAGUCUGCAGGAAUAUUUUUUGACUAAUGGGAUUAUUUUUCAAACCAGUUGUGUGUAUACCCCCCAGCAGAAUGGUAGAGUGGAGCGGAAGCAUAGACAUAUUUUGGAAAUGGCUAGAACUCUCCGUUUUCAUGCAAACUUACCUAUUAAUUUUUGGGGUGAGUGUGUAUUGACAGCGGGAUAUUUAAUUAAUCGUUUGCCCUCUCC